GGCUUGCCCUCUGGCAAACUCUACUGUCCUCAUGGUCUUUCUGUGUCUUUAAUCGACUCUAUUUAAACGAAUGUUCUCAUGAGUUCGAGUGGAUUGGAGUCUAGCGGAGUCUCCAAUCCUUCUUAUAGCUCUUUCUAACCCUUUUAAUAGCUGUCAAGGUACGAAUACCCUCAUCGUUCCCCUCUCCCUCUCGUAUCUUGAAGAUGUCCUCUACCACAUCAGCUCCGAUUCCUGACGUACCACGACAUGUUCCGGCUCCCCCUACCAAGGAAGAACUCGAGUAUGCCGACUUAGCAAUCAUCGACUUGUCCAAGGCCGCGACACCUGAGGGUCGUGCUCAACUAGCCACCCAAGUUCGUGAUGCCAUGAGAGAUAUCGGCUUCCUGGUAGUUAUAAACCACGGCUAUACACAAGAACAGCGGGAUCGGAUCUUCGACAUCGCAGACUAUACUUUCACGCACGUUAGUGAUGAAGAGAAGAGAAAGUAUGAAGGCAAGCCGAUGACAACCGGAUCGUACCAAGGCUACAAGCUGCCUCAAUACUGGCACAUUGAUAAUGGCGUUCAAGACAGGAUCGAGCAGUACAACACCAACCGUAUCGUUAGCCUUGCUGAGCAUCCCGAACCCAUUCGACCCCUGCUCCCCGAGAUCAGAGAAUUCGGCAAAUACAACCACUUCAAUAUCCUCCACCCGAUCCUUAGGCUCCUGGCCCUUGGUCUCGAGCUUCCAGAGGACACAUUCGUGAAUCUGUUCAACUACGAGAAUCCUGGAGAGUCGUCCUUGAGGUUCAUCAAAUAUUUUCCUCGCUCCGAGGAAGAUGAAGUCAAGACUAAGAAUGUCUGGCUGAAAGGACAUACUGACCUCGGUGGUAUCACUCUCUUAUGGUCUCAACCCGUAUCCGCUCUUCAGAUCCUCUCACCCGACGGCAAAUGGCGCUGGGCUAAACACAUCGACAACGCACUCAUUAUCAACGCCGGCGAUGCGAUAGAAUUCCUUUCAGGAGGAUACUACCGCGCCACUAUCCAUCGUGUGGUCCAACCUCCUCCAGACCAACGCGGGUCCACUCGUCUCGGUGUCUUCUACUUCUCCAUGCCCGAUGAUAGCGUUAAGCUCACGCCACUUACUGAGAGUCCGGUAUUGCAAAGGGAGGGAGUGAAGAGACAGUUUACUGAUGAGAAUGCACCGUUCAUGGAACAGUGGCGUAAGGGACGGAUUGCGGCGUAUGGGAAGACACAGUUGAAGAAGGGAGAAGGGAACGUGGAGGAGGAGUAUAUCAAUGGUGUGCUUGUGAAGCAUUAUAAUUGAGUGCGUGAGACGUUGUCCCCUUUUAUUCUGUAGAUGUAUUCUUGAUGUUCGUCGAUAUCCAUGAAGU